UGAGGAAAGGGUUCUGAGAGCCUUGGAAGUGAUAUUCGUGAUCACCGCGAAAUUCUCUAUCGAAUGGUGUAUGAAGUGUCGAAAAAUAAAUUUCACUGCAAGGCUGCCCUGGGUGCAUCUUACUAUGCAUAAGGAAAUCUUGAUUUAAUUAAUUCACAUUGAAAAAUAAUAUUUUUCCUAACAUUUAGCCAUUAAUAACAAAUGGUCCUAAGAUUAUGGGGUUAUUGAUGUACCUAUUUUUGUCUGUAUAUCGUAUGUUUUCAAGAAUUCGUUCUGACUUCAGAAGACAAAAGAUUUUCUCCUCUACAAAACCCUCUAUAUCGCACACUUAUACAGCGUCAUUUGAUUAGUCCUUUCCUUGCUUUUUUCAAAAUCUCACGUUGUCAGAAAGUACUAAUAACUUGUGCACUAAAAUAUUUACAAUUUAAGUGACGAAACGGAAAAUCAGCGUAGUCUGGAUGAUAGUUCUCAAUCUACUGAACAUUUUUAUAUGAUCCUUCUUUUCUCAGUUACCAUAUUAUUUCUAGAAAAAUUACACAAAAGCCAAAAAGCCAUCAAAAUUUUGAUAGUAAAUCGCAGUUAUACAUUUUACAUAUCCUUACUCUACCCUAUCUUUCUAGAUAAUAAAAUAAUAUAUAAUGAAACAAGGUAAUGGAUUUUGUAAACUAGAAAAUUCUCUAUCAAAUGAUCGGAGAAAGUACAGACUAAGCAUUGAAUUUCGCCAUAGAAUGAAAUAAAAAUAACUUUUUAAUAUGAUUUUUAUAAAUUUAAACUAAAAGUUUUAGAUCUUAUACUACUCGACACGUUCUACUCAUCUUCAUUAUGAGUGAAGUUAGAAGCUCAUUCUACACUUCUCCGAUCUUAUUAUAGAAUUGGUGAUUCUACAGUAUCUGUAAUUCUAUGCUUUCUUCAUAGCAUAUCUAUAUAAAUGUGUGUGUGGAUAAAGAUAUUUUCUUGCGUAUAAUAGAGAUGACUGGUUCUUUGUAUAGAAAGAGCUGUACCAUUAACUGGAAAAAAAAAAUAGAAACGGUAUUCCAUUGACAUUAAAGUGACGCUUUUUAUUCUAAAAGCGGAAACAAGUUUUUUGAAUGUCUAUCGCUCUCUCCUUGUUCUUUCUCUCGCCCUCCAUUUAUCUGUCUUACCUUUACACAUAAAAAGAGAAACGAUUUUAAACUCGUAACUUUUCUUUGUUUUGAAAGGAGUAAAAAUUCACAAUAGUCAUGUCUAAAGAGUCGUGUUUGAUAAAAGGUUACUGUGUUGUGUUAAUAACUGAGUUCAAAAAUUUUAAGUACGUGUAUUCAUUUACAAGCCUAUUUUAGCAGCUUCACUUUUUUUCUAGACCAGUGAUUGAAAAUUCAGAUUACGGAUUGGAAAGGAUUAUUGAGAAAAAUAUAUGCUUGCAAUUGUAAAUUUCAGCGAUUUUUCAUAAAAAAUACGUUUUAAAACAGAUGUUCUGCUCAGAUAAUAUAUUGACAUCGGAAUCGAGCGCCCUUGUACCAUUGAUGAUGAUGUGUUAGCUUAAGAUCCUAAAGAUACUGUGGGGGUAUUUUUGUUGGAAACAUCCACAAGAUUUUUUUUGUAAAUAUCAGUUGAGUACAGUUAAAAAUCUGGACGAAACGACAAAAAUCAAUUCAAAACUGGCGAAGUUUCUCAUGGAAACACGAAGAAACAAACUUCAAAAUUUCAAAAACUGCGAGGUUUCUAAAAAAAAUGUUUAAAAGUUUAAAAGCGAAAAGUUAGACAUAAUUCUCUAAUCGAACAUACACAGCUUUUGCGUUUGUGCAUUAAAAAUAGACCGUAUUUUUCAAGUGUUUUUUAUAAAUUAAUUUUUUAAUUAUUUAUUAUGAUGAGAUGAAAUAGAAAUGAUUAUAUAUGCUAAUAUGGUAUUGCAAGAGAGGGCUCGGAAAUGGUUUUACAAAGUUGUCCCGAGAUGUUUUUUUUUAGCUUACAUACAAAGCUACAGCUGUCAUUUUAGCUUAUUAUACCUUCUUACUUCUGUAUCUGUCACUCUUUUAAUCCCAUAAGUCUUUUACUCCUUUAGUUUUCUACACAACUGAUGACUCUUUAGAAUGGAAAUACUUUUCAGGUUCACUCACACCCCGCUGCUCGCCCCCUCCCCCAAUUCACGAGUACACACAUAGCUUUUAUCUUGUGCGUGUUAUCUAAAAAUUGCAAGCAUUUGUAUUUUAACAUAUAUAUAUAGUCAAACUGUUAUUGACUACGACUUGUACCUUACAAAGAGCGACUAAAGGGAGUAAAAAGACUAAAAGAUAUAUUCAGCCGUCCAUCAGUAUAACUUUUUCAUAGCUGAAAACGUCUUGGGACAAACUUUGUAUCUUCUCCCAUCUCUGUUAUGAGACGGAUAUACGAAUCUAUAUCGCCAGAAUGAGCGAGAGAAAAAAUCGUUUUUUCUCAGAAAAACGGUUUUCAAAGUUGUCAGCCAGUAAUUUGUGUUAAAGUAAGCCCUUAUAUUUACUACUCUAGUCCUAGAUAAUUUACGAGCCUAUUUUGAAGAUGUAUGAGUUUACAUAAUUUUACCUAUUUUCUGAUAUCAAUUUCGAAUGUAUUUUUUCAAGAAUACAAUAAGUGUCGGAGGAGACUACUGAACAAGAGAAAAUUUAUACUCGACAUCACAGAUUUGGUUGGUUUUUUAAUCGUAAAGAUUCAAAUCGUUUAUCAAACGGUCGAGAGGAUUCAGUUCAAAUCGGUUUGAUGUUAAAUGAAAAUAAAAAUGAAGAUAAUUUCGAUAUGAAUGAAGAGAAAAAUGAAAAAAAAUCAUUUUCAUCAGUAAACGAUUAUUAUAUCAUUGAAAUGCCUGAGGAUAAUGAUAAGAACUACCAACAACAACAAUCACAACAUGAACAUGUCUUAAAUGAAACAUCGUUGAAUGUAAUGACAACAGCCGAUCUUCUAAGAGAACGAAUUGCAUUUAUCACAGGUGGUUCCACUCAUAAUUGUCCAAUACUUACAUUUCCAGAUAAUCCAAAUAUUGAAAUAUCACAAGAAAAAUAUAAAAAAAUUGUCAAUUAUUUAACACAAGUUCCAAGUGAAAAUGAACGUCAAUUAGGCUUUGUUAUUGUUGUUGAUAGACGUUCAGAUAAAUGGGGUUCUGUUAAAACAAUAAUUAAUUAUAUUGAGGAUUAUUUUCCCUAUACAAUUCAUGUUAUCUAUUUGUUACGUCCAAAUGGUCUAUUUCAACGUGCUUUAUCAAAAUUAACAUUCAAUAUAACAUCAUGUUCUCAUGAGAUUAUUGUGUGUCGUUCAUUAGCUGAAUUACAUGAUUAUCUUGAUUCAAGUCAAUUAUCGAAAGAUCUAGGGGGACAAAUUGAUUUUAGAUUAUUUGAAUGGAUUGAACAACGAGCAGCUAUAGAAAAAUUAACAAAAGCAAUAUAUGAUUUAAGUUUAUCAUUAUCGACAUUUAUACAGGAAAUUGAAGAAUGUGAAUUUCCAAAUGACGUUGAUGGUACAAAACUUAUUAUUACAAAACAUUCAUCAGAAAAACAAGAUUUAGAACAAGAAUUAAACAAUACAAAAUGUUAUGGAGAAUCUCUUUUACGCAUUAUACAAAAUAGUCAAGACUUAUCAUCCAUAUCAAUAUUGGCACCAGACAAAAUAGCGCAUUGUAAAGGAGUAUGCAAUGCCCUAAUGCAUAUUGAAGAUAGUAGCAAAGUAUUGAAAGAAUUUUGGUCUGUUCAUCAACCAAGAUUAUUAAGAUGUCUUGAAUUACGACGAUUUGAAACAAGAUUCAGAGAGAUUCAAGGUCUAUUUACUCAAUUAUUGAAUGAUUUAAGCAUAUUACCAAAUAGUGAUCGUUCUAUUGUUGAAAUAGAUAACAUAUUAACUCAACUUGACAUCAUAACAGACCGUGCUCAGUCUAUUAUGGAACAAGCAACAAAUCUCAGAAAUGAUGGUCUUAAUUUAUUAACAAAGCAACAAAGCUAUGGUCUCGAUUCAAUUGAACCAAAAUGUCAAGAACUUGAAACAAUCAAUUCAAAAAUAAAUGAACAAAUUCAUGAGAAACAACAGAAUCUACUAAUGUUAAGAAGUUACAAUGACAAACUAGAGUCGGUUAAUCAUUGGUGUAGUAAAGGCAGAGAUAUAUUAAAUAUGCAUCAAAUUCAUUUAUCAAAUGACAAAGCAGCAAAAUCGUUAAAUGAAUUAGAAGAUUUUCUAAAAGAAUUAAAAUUGAUUAAUAUAGAUGAUUUACAAAAUGUAAAUAUACCAGAACCAUUAAAAUCAAUGAUAGAGCAGGUGUUAAAUCGUGUUGGUGAUGUGAUGAAUUUGUGUGAAAAACGUUGUGAACUAUUACAAAAACUAGCUCAACCGAUCAAUAGACCAGUUCAACGCGUACAACCAUUAACAUUAGAAACAACAUCGCCAUCGAAUGAUGUAUCAAUAUUAUCAGCGAACAGUACCGAUAUAAAAUCAAUUCAAUGUAUUAAUAUGAAAAUAGAUGAAAAACAAAGACAUGUUGUCAGAGAAUUACUCGUAACCGAGCAAAUUUAUGUAGAUGAACUGAAAACGAUAAUUGAGGGCUACAUGAUGAAGUUUGAUGAUCCUGAUAGAUAUCGAUAUCUAGCACCCGCUAUUUUACAAAAUAAGAAUAUUCUAUUUGGAAAUUUAAUCGAUAUUUAUAAUUUUCAUGCAAAUGCAUUUUUACGUGAUUUACAAAUGAUUUGUGACGAUUCAUCGGUAUCCUGUAUGGGAACAGCAAUUGGCAACUGUUUUAUUAAACGAAAAUCAAAUUUUAAAUUAUACGAACAAUAUUGUCAAAAUAAACCAAAUUCAGAAAAAAUUUGGGAAAAUUAUUGUUUUUCACAUCCAUUUUUUCUCAAAAUUCAACAAAGCCUUGGUCAUCGUUUACCACUUGACUCUUAUUUACUAAAGCCUAUUCAACGAAUAACACAAUAUCAACUCUUACUUAAAGAAAUGAUUAAACAUACUAGAGAUGAAAAUGAUAAAAGUCGUUUACAAGAUGCAUUGAAUGUCAUGUUAAACAUAUUAUCUAAUUUGAAUAAUGUAAUGCAUACAAUGCUCAUCACAGGCUAUCCGGGUAAUUUAAAUUCAUUAGGUAAAAUAUUAUUACGUGGUGAACAUUUUCAAAUAUCAAAAGAAAAACGUCGAGCUAGUUCAUCGUAUUUAAGAACAAAAACAUGUGUCCGUGAUAUAUUUUUAUAUGAUAAAGAAAUAUUAUUUUGUAAAAAGAAAAAUGAUGGCCAUAGUAGAUCGGUAUAUCAAUUUAAAGAAUCAAUUAAGAUAUCAGAUGUUGGUUUAUCAACAUAUCACAAAAAUGAUAAGAAAAAAUUUGAAGUAUUUUUAAAAGAUUUGUCCUAUGUUAUACAGCCAUCUAUCGAUGAUGAUAGUACAAGAUGGAUAGAAACAAUUAAAAAACUUGUUUCACAUCAAAUUGAACAGAAACGUGCCGAAAUAAAAAUACGGUCAGCAUCAUUAGAUCAUGGAUCACAUUUAAGACGUCAAAGUCAUUUAAAACAUAUGGAAUCAGAUGAUGAAAAUAUGCACGAUUGUUCUAUAUCUGAUGAAAGUGAUUCGGAUCUACCAACUAAAAAUUUUUACUCAAAAAAAAAUUUCUCAAGUGGUGGUAGUUCAUCGAAUUCAAGCAGCACAGGAUCAGCGAAACUCUACAAUACAUUAACAACAUCAAAAUCAAAUUCUAUUGGGUAA